GUGAGUCUGUGGAGCCAGACCGUUCAGCACCACGGACAGCGACGGCAGAACGGGUGCGCGUCUUCCGAGCCAGCGUGACGCGAUACUGAAGGACUGAAGUAUGCAUUUCAUUUUACUUAUUUGGGAAGGAAAAGGUCUAGUCUGAAAGAGGAAUUUGAAAACCGACUACUGUCAGCAUUAAAUUAAAGAGAGCUUCCUGUUUUGUUUUGUUUUUUAAAUUCUUCAAACUUACCGCAGCAUAAAUUAGACGCUUUUUGUGGAUUGUUAAAAUAAGGACUCUUUUUUUAAGCUUAUUUUUUUAUUUAAUAAGAAAAAACAAAUUUUUCAUUAUUAAUUUGUAUUGGGAUAAAAAAAACGGUAGAAUAAAGUUAUAUAUUAUUUUUUUCCCAAAUCAAUUCUCAAACAUUUCUGUAUUUUCAAUCCUUAUGCCUCAGUAGUAUACAUUUUAUGAUUUUUUUUUUUUAAAUCUGACAAGGCAUGAUUAAUAACAAAAAUACUUUGUAUAGCAAUUUAAUUACAUAAACAAAGUUUCACUUUUUUUUUUGUUUUGACAAAUUACAGAAAUCUGUAACACAAGUCUAACUAUAUAACUCUUUAACUAAAGAAAACGUUCUUGAAAAAAAAAACACUUUCCUCCACAUUUGAAAGCAUGGAUCUCAUGGUGAACAUGACCAGUUUUAACCUGACGGACGAGGAAGGCCACGCGUACCAGUACUCCUUCUCCAAUACCGAGCCGCUCUACAAGGACUACAAGCCGCCGCAGCGGGACCUCAUCCCGCUCCCCAAAGCCGUGCUCUACCUCCUCAUGGCCGCGCUCGUUAUCGUGGUGGUCGCGUAUGCCAUCGUGGGUCAUCUCAUCACGGACCUGGCGCACGACUUAGCAGACUGUGUUCUGGGUCCCAGCCCGGAGGAGCAGGAGAAGGACACUGAUUUGAGCUGCAUCUCGCCCUCCAAGGCGCCGGCAGUGGCGUUCUCCUCCCUGCACACCAACGCCUUCCACGUGUGGGAUCAGGACGAGGUGCACGUCCCCCUGCCAUUGGAGGACAGCCCGCCCCCUAGCCCCGCCCACGAGCACGCCCAGCCCCUCCCACAGGCGUCCUAGACACACCCCCUACACCCUUCACCCUACCCCCCUUCAUCUUCCCCUAGAGAAAGCGUGCUAUCACCUUCACACACCUUGGCUGUAUUGAUUCCUGUAUUAUGUCAACAAGGUCAAUGUAACGGGCUUUGGAGGGGACCUUGACAAGCUGGUGACCCAGAGAGGUGCACUCCUCCUGGGCUAGGGGGAGAGUUAAGGCCCUUUCCAUCUCCGUCAGCACCGAUAAGACCCCAAACCCUAAACCUCAGCCUGGCCGCAGACAGCAACGAAGGCUACUGCAUGCAGAAAAGGAGUCAUGUUUUAGGUUCACAGAGUGAACUCUGACCCACAGCGCCGAAGCUAACUGCCCGCCCACAUUCCGUUGAAGCUGAUUGGUGGGGAAGGCAGUAGCGGGGGAGGGGCAGGCUUUCUACAGGCUGAAAAAAAAAAAAACACAGCUGUUCAUUGGAAUGAACAAACUGGACCUGAAAAAAAUGACUUUGAUGAAGUUGUUUCAAGCGAGGUAUUCCGAUCUGGUCGGGUACAAGGUACGACCCCUGACCUCCUGUAUAUGCAAGCUGCUGAACUAUUGGUCUAGUUGGCUCACGUGACCAAUACGUCCUGGAAAGCCAGCCAAAAAAGGACCAGCGUGUGCCGACUGGACACCGAGCAACUACAAAUAACUUCAGAGAAAAA